UUAAAACCAUAGAAAAUUUGUAGAAAAUUAAUAAGUUCGAUUUUCGAAAUCCUGAGUCAUACGUUGAUAGAAUAAUUAAAUACUAUUCUAACAGGGAAAACCUGUUUGAUUCAAUCUACUUCCGUCUUCGAGAAUUUUUGAGAAUAAGAUUUUUCCAUUAAAAAGCAUUAAAGUUUUAACGGCAACUGCUGGAGAUUGCGUGCAUAACCGAAGAGAUUAAAAUGAACCUUUGGAGACUUUACUUAUUAAACUACGCGUUAGAGGAUUGAUUUUUUUUAAUAAUAAUUUGGCAAAAUCGUCCCCAUUUCUUGCUUUAUCGACUAGAAUUUCACUGAAAUUUUUCACUUCUUUUGAAAAUUGUAUUAUCAUCAAAACUCGAUCAGACUAUUUUUGACUUUUUCUGCACUCUUGGCACUUAGUGCCUAACGUGAGGGCGGCGAGAGAUGAAGCCCGACGUAUUUGGGAUAGACCACCUGAAAAAAAAACUUCCUGCGGGUCCUUCAGCGCAGUACAAUAAGGUUUUAAACGCCUCAAUUAUCCAAGCAGCUGAAUGGCAUAGAUUUAUCUAUCGAGAAAUCGUCAGAAACAUUAAAUAGUACAAAUCGGUUACUCUACUAUCGUAACUGUAAGCAAUGGUUUUCGUUAUCAUUACAGCAGGAAACCAAAUCCGGCAAUUCUAGCAUCAAUCCAACCUUAAGAAGUAUAAUUCCAUUAUUUCAAAUUAUUCUGAUGGCAUUUGCAUUUUAUCACAAUGAAACAUUUUCAAAAGAAAAAAUAUAACUGAAAUUAAUUAAUCAAGAUUAUUUUUCUAUUGUAAAGAUCUGUCACUUUAUUUAAAGGUUUAUAUAAUACAUGCAAAAUGUUUUUUGGUUAUGGAAUAGUAAGACUUUAUAUCGGCUUACGACCUUUGGUAAUUUGUUUCUCGUCGGACAGCUUUCAGGCAGUUUUAAACAGCAAUACUAACAUAGAAAAAAAGUUCGGUUACGACUUUUUGAAACCUUGGUUGAUGGAAGGAUUGUUAACCAGCAACGGAUCAAAAUGGAGAACGAGAAGAAAACUUUUAACUCAUUCGUUUCAUUUUCGAAUAUUAGACGAUUUUCGCCCAAUUUUAAAUGAAAAUGCGAAAAUUUUAGUAGAAGUUUUGCGAGAAUUUGAUGGAAAGACCGUUGAUAUCAUACCUUAUAUGAGUAGAUGCGCUUUGGAUGUUGUCUGUGAAACAACUUUAGGUAUUCAAUUAAAUUCGAUGAGAAAUAAAGAUUGUCAAUAUUUGCAUGGAAUAGUGAAAAUCGGAGAAGUGUUUCCCUACAGAAUUUUAAGGCCUUGGUAUUGGUCGGAUAGAAUAUUUUAUAUGACAAGAAAAGGCAAACAAACAAAAGAUACCAUGGACAAACUUAAGGAAUUUGCAAUAGAAAUAAUUCUAAAGAGAAAAUCAAGUUUCAGUGGAACUUUUGUUGAUGAAGAAAACUAUAUUUUUUCAAGCAAAAAGUUAGCUCUUCUUGACUUACUUCUUUAUCAUCAAGAAAACGGUAGUAAAAUUUCCGAUAAUGACAUUUUAGAAGAAGUGAAUGCCUUUAUGUUUGCUGGUCAUGAUACCACUGCACAUGCUCUUUCCUGGACUCUUUUUUUACUUGGAAAUCAUUCUCAGAUUCAAGAUAAACUACUGAAAGAAAUUGAUGACAUUUUUGGUGACGACAUCGAGAGAAAUGUUACUAUUGAAGAUAUUAAGAAUUUAAAAUAUUUGGAAUGUGUUAUUAAGGAAUCAUUACGACUCUUUCCUUCUGUCCCUUUGAUGUCUAGAGACUUAUCUGAAGACGUAAAAGUUAAUGGAUUUAUUAUACCUAAAGGAACAACUUGCAUACUUUAUACCUAUCUACUUCACAGAAAUCCUUACUUAUUUACGAAUCCUGAUAUUUUCAAUCCGGAUAGAUUUCUACCAGAUAACUGUAAAGGUCGCCAUCCUUAUAGUUACGUUCCAUUUUCUGCGGGAUCACGAAACUGUAUAGGACAAAAGUUAGCUUUAAUGGAGGAAAAAGUAAUUCUUAGUCAUAUAUUUCGCCACUACACGGUAGAAAGUAUGGAAAAUAACAUCAAGAAGCUCGCCAUUACUGGAGAGAUGAUACUAAGACCAAAAUAUGGUCUGAAAAUUAAACUAAAAGAAAGAAAACGAUAACAAUUUAAAUAUAUGUACGGAAUGUAUUAUUUUCUAAAAUUUAAUUUAAAUUUUCCUUUUUAAAAUAAAUAAGGAAAAAAUCGUUUAAAAAAAAUUUUUAAUUAUUUUUAUUGUGAAAUCUUUUAGACUAUGCAAUUGUGUGAUCUUAUAUAAUAACAUUUUAAAAUCUGUAUGUGAUUAUAUUAUAGAUUAUUAUUAAGUUU